AUGUCAUUACAAAAGUUGUAUCUGAAUUUGCUUGAGGAAGAGGAAUUAGAGGUUGAAGAAACACAAUUCAUUGUUCAAUAUUUAAAUUAUCGAUGGCAAUAUAGGUUCUGCGAGGACAAGGCAGCGGGGUGCGCAAGCGUGUGCACCGCCCGGCCCAGUCCGGCCUCCCGACUAGACACUUCUCCGCUCUGCCGCGCCGCUUGCUCGCUCGCCGCACAAAAUUCUAUAGAAAAAUGA